AUGUCCUAUAACUACGUGGUGACGGCGCAGAAGCCGACGGCCGUCAAUGGCUGCGUCACCGGACACUUCACCUCUGCGGAGGACCUGAACCUGCUGAUUGCCAAGAACACCCGGCUGGAGAUCUAUGUUGUGACAGCCGAGGGGCUCCGGCCCGUCAAGGAAGUGGGAAUGUAUGGAAAAACCGCUGUCAUGGAGCUCUUCCGCCCCAAGGGGGAGAGCAAGGAUUUGCUGUUCAUCCUGACGGCCAAGUACAAUGCCUGCAUCCUGGAAUACAAGCAGAACGGGGAUAGCAUCGACAUCAUCACCCGUGCCCAUGGAAAUGUGCAGGAUCGCAUCGGCCGCCCCUCAGAGACCGGGAUCAUUGGGAUCAUUGAUCCUGAGUGCCGGAUGAUCGGGCUGCGACUCUAUGAUGGCCUCUUCAAAGUCAUCCCCCUGGAUCGGGAGAACAAGGAAUUAAAGGCCUUCAACAUCCGCCUGGAAGAGCUCCAGGUCAUCGAUGUGAAAUUCCUUUAUGGCUGCCAAGCUCCCACCAUCUGCUUCGUCUACCAGGACCCCCAGGGCCGCCACGUGAAGACGUACGAGGUGUCCCUGCGGGAGAAGGAAUUCAACAAAGGCCCUUGGAAGCAGGAAAAUGUGGAGGCUGAAGCCUCCAUGGUCAUUGCAGUGCCGGAGCCCUUCGGCGGUGCCAUUAUCAUUGGGCAGGAAUCCAUCACCUACCACAAUGGGGAUAAAUAUCUGGCUAUUGCUCCUCCCAUCAUCAAGCAAAGCACCAUUGUGUGCCACAACCGCGUGGAUCCCAACGGAUCACGGUAUUUGCUGGGAGACAUGGAAGGGAGGCUCUUCAUGCUGCUCCUGGAGAAGGAGGAGCAGAUGGAUGGCACUGUCACCUUGAAGGAUCUGCGUGUGGAGCUGCUGGGAGAGACAUCCAUUGCUGAGUGCCUGACCUACCUGGAUAAUGGAGUGGUGUUUGUUGGCUCCAGGCUUGGAGAUUCCCAGCUCGUGAAGCUCAACGUGGACAGCAACGAGCAGGGAUCCUACGUGGUGGCCAUGGAGACCUUCACCAACCUUGGGCCCAUUGUGGACAUGUGUGUGGUAGACCUGGAGAGGCAAGGCCAAGGCCAGCUGGUCACCUGCUCCGGGGCCUUCAAAGAGGGAUCGCUGCGGAUCAUCCGGAACGGCAUUGGGAUCCAUGAGCAUGCCAGCAUCGACCUGCCAGGAAUUAAAGGAUUGUGGCCACUGAGGUCGGAUCCGCACCGGGAGACGGACAACACCUUGGUGCUGUCCUUUGUUGGCCAGACCAGGGUUCUGAUGUUGAACGGAGAGGAAGUGGAGGAGACAGAGCUCACAGGAUUUGUGGAUGACCAGCAAACGUUCUUCUGUGGCAACGUGGCGCAUCAGCAGCUGAUCCAGAUCACUUCUGCCUCGGUGCGACUGGUCAGCCAGGAGCCCAAAUCUCUGGUGAGCGAGUGGAAAGAGCCCAAUGGGAAGAACAUCAGUGUCGCUUCCUGUAACAGCAACCAGGUGGUGGUAGCUGUGGGAAGAGCCUUGUACUACCUGGAAAUCCGGCCCCAGGAGCUCCGGCAGAUCAGCUGCACGGAGAUGGAGCACGAGGUGGCCUGCCUGGACAUCACCCCCCUGGGAGAUUCCAACGGGAUGUCCCCUCUCUGCGCCAUCGGGCUCUGGACCGACAUCUCCGCCCGCAUCCUGAAGCUCCCAUCCUUUGAGCUGCUGCACAAGGAGAUGCUGGGAGGAGAGAUUAUCCCUCGCUCCAUCCUGAUGACGACCUUCGAGAGCAGCCACUACCUCCUGUGUGCCCUGGGGGACGGAGCUCUCUUCUACUUCGGCCUCAGCCUCGAGACAGGCUUGCUGAGUGACAGGAAGAAGGUGACCCUGGGCACGCAGCCCACAGUGCUGAGGACGUUCCGCUCCCUGUCCACCACCAAUGUGUUCGCUUGCUCCGACCGCCCCACCGUCAUCUACAGCAGCAACCACAAGCUGGUCUUCUCCAAUGUCAACCUCAAGGAGGUCAACUACAUGUGCCCCCUCAAUUCCGAUGGCUAUCCCGACAGUUUGGCCUUGGCCAACAACAGCACUCUGACCAUCGGCACCAUUGAUGAGAUCCAGAAGCUCCACAUCCGCACUGUUCCCCUCUACGAGUCGCCCAGGAAAAUCUGCUACCAAGAGGUGUCCCAGUGUUUUGGGGUGCUCUCCAGCCGGAUUGAGGUGCAGGAUGCCAGUGGGGGCACCACAGCGCUCAGACCCAGUGCCAGCACCCAGGCCUUGUCCAGCAGCGUGAGCACCAGCAAGCUGUUUUCCAGCAGCACAGCUCCACACGAGACAUCCUUUGGAGAAGAAGUGGAAGUGCAUAACCUGCUCAUCAUUGACCAGCACACCUUCGAAGUGCUCCAUGCUCACCAAUUCCUGCAAAAUGAGUAUGCCCUCAGCCUGGUCUCCUGCAAGCUGGGAAAGGAUCCCAACACAUACUUCAUUGUGGGCACUGCCAUGGUGUAUCCUGAGGAAGCAGAACCCAAGCAGGGCCGGAUUGUCGUCUUCCACUACUCCGAUGGGAAGCUGCAGAGCUUGGCUGAGAAGGAGGUCAAGGGAGCUGUGUAUUCCAUGGUGGAAUUCAACGGGAAGCUGUUAGCCAGCAUCAACAGCACGGUCCGUCUGUACGAGUGGACAGCGGAGAAGGAAUUGCGCACGGAAUGCAACCACUACAACAACAUCAUGGCCCUGUACCUGAAAACCAAGGGGGAUUUCAUCCUGGUGGGAGACCUCAUGCGCUCCGUGCUGCUCCUGGCCUACAAACCCAUGGAAGGGAAUUUCGAGGAGAUUGCCCGGGAUUUCAAUCCAAACUGGAUGAGUGCCGUGGAAAUCCUGGAUGAUGAUAAUUUCUUGGGAGCAGAGAACGCUUUCAAUCUGUUCGUGUGCCAGAAGGACAGUGCGGCCACGACGGAUGAGGAGCGGCAGCACCUGCAGGAAGUGGGAUUAUCCCACCUGGGAGAGUUUGUCAAUGUCUUCUGCCACGGAUCCCUGGUCAUGCAGAAUUUGGGAGAGACUUCCACGCCCACCCAGGGAUCCGUGCUCUUCGGCACUGUCAAUGGAAUGAUCGGCCUGGUGACAUCCCUGUCAGAAAGUUGGUACAACUUGCUCCUGGACAUGCAGAACAGGCUCAAUAAAGUCAUCAAGAGCGUGGGGAAGAUUGAGCAUUCCUUCUGGAGAUCGUUCCACACCGAACGGAAAACGGAACCAGCCACGGGAUUCAUCGAUGGAGACCUGAUUGAGAGUUUCCUGGACAUCAGCAGGCCCAAGAUGCAGGAAGUGGUGGCAAACCUGCAGAUCGAUGAUGGAAGCGGGAUGAAGAGGGAAGCCACCGUGGACGACCUGAUAAAGAUUGUUGAGGAGCUGACCCGGAUCCAUUAGCAGGAUUUGGGAAUGUUGCCUACCCCUACCCUCCACAUGGAGCCAAGGGAGUCCUUCCCCAGCUGUGCCUAACACUGGCAGCAGUGGCUGGAGGGGGAAUCUCACAGGGGCAGCAGCUUAUUAGGAAUUUGGGGGGGUGUUGGUCAUCUCCUGCUGGGAUUCAUGGAUUCUGCAGAAUUGGCUGUGCCCAGAACUGUCCCUUUCCUUGGGUGAUCCACUGGGAUCUGAUGCCCUUGCCUCGAUUCCCUUUUCCCUGGUAUCCUUAGAUAUUUUAUUACAUUUUUGGCUUUUGUUUUCGCUUUUGAUCCUGGUUUUUUGUUGUUUUUUUGAUUCCUUGUGGUUUUUUUGGAAGAGGAAUCAAAGCUGGAGGAGCAGCGGAGGCUAGAGCUGAGCAGGAUAACUCUCUCUCCAUAGGAUCUAUGCCUUGCUUAGGGAGGGAAGUUCUGGGGAGUUCAAGCUGUUGCUGAUUUCGGAGUUUUACCAAAUAAAGUAGUCCAAGAGGAAAGAUCUGUGUGCUGGAGAAUGAUGAUAUCCAUGUCCUUGGCUCUGGGAUCUUGGGGACACCUGUUUUCCAGGUGGAUUUUUCUGGCUUUUCUUGGAUUUGUAGGAAAUUUUAGUUCCUUGCCUGAUUGCCAGUGGCACCAUGAGUGCCUGGAGAACAGAUUGUAAUGGAAAUUUUUUGUGAAAGCUGGAUUUUCCAGCCUCUGGCAACUCAUUAAUAGUUCUCA